AUGGUAAAGGAAGGUAGUUGGACGAAUACAGAGGAUGAGAUCCUCAGGGUUGCUCUUUUGAAAUAUGGAACCAACGAAUGGUCUCGUAUCUCUUCAUUACUCGAUCAUAAAUCCGCUACGCAGUGUAAAGCACGUUGGUAUGAAUGGCUUCAUCCCUCCAUUAAAAAGAUUGAAUGGACUAGAGAAGAAGAAGAGAAGCUGCUUCAUCUUGCUAAGCUCAUGCCCUCUCAAUGGAGAAUAAUCGCUCCUAUUGUGGGAUGCACUCCGUCACAGUGCCUCGAACAUUACGAGAAACUUCUAGAUGAAAACUUUGAACCAAGAAAACUACAACCCGGAGAGAUCGACCCAAACCCAGAAUCAAAACCUGCUCGACCCGGCCCAGUUGACAUGAAUGAAAAUGAAAAACAAAUGGUUUCAGAAGCACGGGCUCGUUUAUCCAACACCAAGGGAAAAAAGGCCAAAAGGAAGGCCCGGGAAAAGCAGCUUACAGAAGCUAGACGCGUUGCUUGUUUGCAAAAGAGGAGAGAAUUGAAGGCGGCCGGAAUUGAUAACCGGAAUUGGAACGGGAAAAGGAAUAGGAAUGGAAUCGACUACAAUGCUGAGAUUCCGUUGGAGAGAAGGCCACCACCUGGAUUUUAUGAUGUGGCUGGUGAAAGUUUGUUGAUUGGUGAACAACGUAAUAAAUUCCCGACAACGAUUGAGGAACUUGAGGGUGAAAGGAGGAUCGAUAAAGAGGCGCGUUUGAGAAAACAUGAGAUUGAAAGGAUCAAAUUAUCACAAAGGAAAGAUGCUCCAUCUGCUAUAUUUCAUGCAAAAACACUAAAUGAUUUGGAAUCCGUUAGAAAAAGGCCGAAAAUGAACCUCCCGACGCCACAAAUUUCAGAUUAUGAAUUACAACAUAUGGAAAAAUUCGGUCUUCAAGAUUUCAGCCAUGGAUUUUCAUCUUUUUAA